GUUUCGCUUGGUUACUCUCUGACUCUGUCGCUAUCUCUCGAUAUUUGAAGGAAUUGAAGGGACAAUCAGCUCAUGCUUUCGAAAUCAUGAUUCAGGUUACUUGUGCUUUAGCUGAUAAACCAAAGGAGGUCCCCUUUGUGUACAUAGAUAGAGGAGAUGAUGAUAAUCAGUUGGAAGCCGUGGAGUACGUCGAAGAAUUGUACAAAUAUUAGAAGCUCGCAGAGUUGAAUCAGAAGCAUAUGAAGCUCACACGAAGUGGAACAGAUCAUUUCUGUCAAUGGAUGAUAAAGAGGCUAAGGAGUGGGUUACACAUGUCAAGCUUGGUCUUCUCAUUAUCUUUGUUUCUAUGCCUGAGGAGGGAACAACCUGAAGAUAAUACUUUUCAGGACACUGAUUCCAGAGAGCGUCAAGCAAAUAGAAUAAGCACAGAGAGCCUAGACACUUAUCAUUUGCCAUCCUCUUUCUCUUUUAAAUACUCGUCAAAUGCCUUUGUCCACUUGUCAGCGUUCUUUGAGGCCCAAGCCAACCGUUUCUGGAGUUUCUUCUGCUUCUUAUUCACCUCAGUAAGUGUUAGCCGCCGCAGUCUCGGAGUAAAGACCGCCUUUGAUCUCAACUCUCGCAGGCUCUCUUCAGCUGCAGCCUUCAACUCUUCUUUCUGGUGCUUGACUGAUAGUUUUUCCUCCUCGGAAGUGGCACGAUCUUGUGCCGACAUCAAUCUUGACCACAUGGCUUGUAAUUCCAGGUCCUUGGGUUCCGACGGAUCAAUAUGAACCUUAUGAUAAGAAGAAACCAUAUUGUUAGCGGGUACAGAGGGAUCACUUGCUCGCAAUGGAGAUGGAGAAGCCAUUUAAAAACCCUAAUGUGGUAUAAUAUAAGACGGAUCAAAGAUCUAGAAAGGAAUGAAAACUUGAGCGAAGAGAUUCACAAAAAAACUAAUUGGAUGUAGAAUUCUAUAAUACGUUAUAUAGGCCUCAAUAAUAUUAAUACCAAAAACAGGAAAUCAAACUAAAUUAGGAAAUACAUGAACAUCCAGAUGAAUUCCUAAAUUUUUUAA